CCCCAACAGCACGUCAACACACAAUACCGAUAGCACUUAAAUCUUACCCUUUUUUUCUACAUAUUCUUUUCCUGUCUAUCUACCGUAGGAUAGGAUAAUCUUAUACUUACCUAAGGUAUUUAACAAUCCCUCAAAGGUACUUAACCUAUCGUACCUCAUUUUAUCCAACAUGGAUCUCGUCAGCGAGGGUCUCGCUUCCAUUCCGCAGAGCGUACUGUUAGCCUUCGCAGGGCUCGGAGCUCUCUUUACAACUUUUAAAGCGUUAAGCUUUCUCCGUUUCUUUUUGAGCACUUUUGUUCUCGGUGGUACUAAUCUGAGGAAAUAUGGGAAAAAAGGUACCUGGGCUGUUGUGACGGGUGCGUCCGAUGGCUUAGGGAAAGAAUUCGCUACCCAACUCGCUGCUAAGGGCUUCAAUCUCGUCCUAGUAUCUCGGACCUUGUCCAAGUUGGAAGCGUUAUCACAGGAGCUGGAGAGCAAAUAUGCAGGGCUGCAGACGAAAGUACUCGGCAUGGAUUUCUCUGCUGACGACGAGGCCGACUACGCCCGUCUUGCCAAUCUAAUUACUGGUCUCGACAUAGGCAUUCUUAUCAACAACGUUGGCCAGAGUCAUCAUACCGCUGUCCCUUUCCUGCUCACCGAACCAAAGGAGAUUCAAGACAUUAUCACUAUCAAUUGCUUGGGCACUCUUAAGGUCACCCAGCUUAUUGCCCCGGGGAUGCAAACUCGCAAGCGUGGAUUAAUUCUCACGAUGGGUAGCUUCGGCGGAUGGAUUCCGACCCCUUACUUGGCGACUUACUCCGGUAGCAAGGCGUUCCUGCAGCAUUGGUCCUCGGCUCUCGCGGCUGAGCUCAAUUCGAGCAACGUCGACGUCCAGAUUUGCCUCAGCUACCUUGUCACGACAGCGAUGAGCAAGGUACGACGCCCUAGCGCACUUAUUCCUAGUGCAAAACAAUUCGUGCGAGCUGCCCUGGGCAAGGUGGGAUUGGGAGGCUGGCAAAGCGUGGCAUAUACUUAUACACCGCAUUGGAGCCACGCACUGAUGGCCUGGGCUGUCGAGAGUACUCUGGGCGUUGGUCACUGGCUCUGCAUCUGGGUCAACUUGAAGAUGGAAAUGGAUAUUCGAGACCGCUAUCUGAAGAAAGCAGCCCGAAACGCCAAGAAGGAAUAAUCCAGCUCGACGCACAGCUCGACGCGGAUUAUGAAGGGUACGGCCGUGGUUUCAAUUAUAAUUUUAAGACGACGAGGUGAAUUCGAACGCCUUUUUUCAGACGUCUUCUAUUUCGUCGGUAUGCAUUACUAGGUAGGUAGUUUGCAUAUUAACCUAGGUAGGCGUACCUUACCUGGUAGUUAAAGUAUGUCGAUACAGGAUGAUUGUCAAAUUCAAGCACCGUAAUUUAGCAGAAGUAUUGAACUACAAGAACAAUAAACGCACCUGUUGGUUGUUUUAAGUAACCCGUUAUUCGAAUAGAGGUAAUAGGUAGGUAGGUAGGUACCUACCUAGUAAAUAAGAAACUCGCAGCUUCAAGUUGGUGUUAUGGUGACACGAAAGUUAGAUCGGGUUAAUGGCACAUUUCUAACGUCUUAAAUAGCAUUGUGUGCUGA